AUGGAAGUAAUCUAUAAGUCAAAAUUGCGGCGGCUUAUUGUUAGCACCUUAGAUGGAACAAGAAAAACACUUCAGGUCGAUGAUAGCAAAACAAUUGCUGAUUUGAUGGUUACGAUUUGUGGAAAAAUGGGACAAUUUUCACUUAUCCAGUUAUUUAUUAUAAUACCGUUGAGGUAUGCCAAACGUUUCCCAUCUAUGUCCAAAUAUUGUGUCGAUUUUCAGCAAUUAUUUACAAUUUAUCUUAUUUGUACCUUGGUUUUAGGAAUAACUAAUCAUGAGGAAUAUUCUCUCAUCCAUGAGAAAGGCCGUAUGCAAACUUUACGCCGCCCAAAGAAUGCUCCGCGUGAUUACGAUAAAUUGGAAACUUUAAAACAGAAACUGCAGACUGAUGACGGCGCAAACUGGCUGCCUCAUGCUAAAACCUUCAGACAAUUGGGCAUUGAAGAAACUGAUAAUCUGCUUCUCCAGCGGAAGUACUUUUUUUCGGACCAAAAUGUUGGAACCCGUGAUCCGGUCCAACUUAACCUACUGUUUAUUCAGCUUAAGGAAGCAAUCCUUAAUGGCGCCCAUCCUGUCACUCAAAGCCAGGCAAUUGAGUUGGCCGGUCUCCAGUGUCAAGCUGAGAUGGGAAACCUCGUUCCUGAGAAGUCUAAGUCUUUAGGCAUCGAUGUGAAAGAGCACCUGCCCAAGGAAUACAUAAAAGUCAAAAACAUCGAAAAGAAGAUUAAAGAACAAUACCAGAAACUAAAUGGAUUAUCAGAGAAAGACGCCAAGGUCCGCUACAUCCAGGUGUGUCGUUCUCUCCCGACAUACGGCAUUACCUUCUUUUUAAUUAAAGAAAAACUUCCCGGCAAGAACAAGCUGGUUCCGCGACUGUUUGGUGUUAGCAAGGAGAGCGUCAUGCGGGUUGACGAGAACACCAAGGAAAUUCUCCAGACCUGGCCCCUCACGCGUGUCAGGAGAUGGGCCGCCACUGCAAAUCUUUUCACUCUGGACUUUGGAGAAUACAGCCCAGAAGGAAAUUAUGUAAUGCAGACUACAGAAGGCGAGCAGAUUUCUCAGCUGAUUUCCGGAUACAUCGACAUCAUUCUUCGGCGGAAGAAGAAUUCAGAUGCCUUUGUGAAUGAAAGCAGCGAUUCCAAUGUCAUUCUUGAGGAAAAUAUUGGACCUUCUAGGCAAAUGAAACAUUAUGGUGCCUAUGAUCAAGGCCAGGCUGACAAAGAAGCCGAGAUUAUAUCCAAUGUCGGAACACUUGGCAGAGGCUACAACGUUUCCUCUGGCUAUGUGGCCACCGAAGGCUUCCCGGGACAGGCCAGCACCUUCACCCGAGGAUACGCCGGACCGAAGGGUAACGGCGACGUGGUCUCGGAUCGGAACCUCGAAGGUGUCGGGGUUGCUAUGCGCGCUCAGACAAUCGGAAGUAAGCGGAGAGGCCUGGGUGGAAAUGAGGUUCAAAUGAAGGAGCUCAGUCAGCCGAAGCGUGCUGUCAUGUAUCGAAUCGACUCGAGCACAAAGGAGAUCCAGGAUGCCAGAGAGAGCCUGCAAAAACCCUACUUCGAGGACAAUGAAACCGUCUCUCGUGACGAUCUGGCAACCCAGCGCUGGAGAGCGGAAAAUAUGGCGCAAGCACGAGCUGGAAUCUGUAGUUACUUGGGUGCGAUGACAAUCGCGACUGGAAACCUCAUUGCUUUAUUGCAACCCUCACAAAACCAGUUUGAGGAAGGCGAGUCUCAGGAUGCAAUAGACUACACCGCAAUGGACGCCUCACUGGCCACAAUUGGGCUGAAUGUGCAACGUCUCAUGCAGAAUGUUCGGGUUCUGGACCAAUUACAGGCCGUGGAUGCUGGUGACGAAAGCCAAGGUCACAUAAUGAGUGCUGCUCAGGACGUAGCGUGUGCUUUCAUUAACCUGUUGCAGUCCGCCAUUCCAAAGAAAGGCGAUCAACAGGACCCUAACGUCCUGGUUGAUCGUCCGACCCUCUACGAGGCCGCCUCGCGAGUUGGGGAUGCCAGCCAACAGCUGCUUCAACUGGUCUCUGCCAACCAACUCUUUGCCCACCGUCGACGCAAGCAGCGGCUUGAGCCCAUUCUGGAGGAUGUUAACGAAAAUGACCAAGAUUACGGUGAUUAUGAGUCAGAUUCGGAGGUUAUCGCCAACGCCCAUGCCAUGGAUUGGCAAUUGAGGGACGACCUACUCGCUGCCACAAAAGAAGUUGCCAAUGCAACAGCCAACCUCGUGAAAUACGCCAAGUCUGCCGCAGUCUCCAUCAGUCAGGAGGCCACGGAGCUCGCCAACACAGAAACAGACUGCGCUGACAUGGCCCAACGGCGGGACAACAAAGUGGCCUUCCUCAGGGAGGCGCAGUCCCAGCUGGUGCAGGCUGCGACCCUCGCUGGCAAAACCACCAGCCGUCUGGUGACCAGCGCCAAGGUCGCCGUCUGCACGAUGGAACAGCCAGCAUCCCAACGCCAGCUGCUUGGCUGUGUGAAGCAGGUGAGUCAAGCGGUGGAUCUUCUCUCUGACGUGGCUCGCAGAGUCGCGGACACCCCCUACUUGCCUUUGGAAGCCAUGGAACAGCGAGUAGACCAAAGCCGCACUCUCAGUGAUCUUCACCAAUCUGCCAACGACGUCUCCGCCGCACUGGAGGCACUCAUGAACAGACUCGUUGCAGCUUCCAUACAGGCCCAGCAGGAUCCCGUAGUGCUCAGUCUGCUUGGAGCCAAUCAACAAGUGGCUGCGUCCCUGGGAGACGGUGAAGCCUUGCUUCAACAGGCCUCGCAUCUCGCGCAGACAGUCACCUCAUUGGUGGAGGAACUUCGCUCUGGCCACGACCUUCUUUCUGCCGCUGGCAUCACCGAGUCCGAAGCAGAUGUUCGGGCCAGCCUCCUAAGCGAAUCGGUUAAUGAACUUCUAGAAUCUCUGAAAGCUCUUCAAUCUGGAAAUCAGCAAUCCCUGUCGCACCAACAAGAAACCGUCGCAGCUGCAACUCGUCUUAUCCAACAGGCGAACAAAUUAGCUGCUCCAAUCAUCCGUUGUCGUUUAACCACCGGCCUCGAAUUCGCAACUCGUCUGACCGCAUCAAACGCCAGCCAAUUGGCGGCCAUGUCAGAAGAGGCCGCUCGCCAAACUCGAAGUAGCCAAUACCGACUCUUGCAAGAACUCGACCAACUCUCUGGCGAAAUAAUCCCACAAGCCAACCUCACCUGUGAUAAUGCGCGCGCCCACCCGCACGAUCCCACCGCCCAAAACAGCCUCCUUGUUGUUUCAAAGAACCUUAUGGAUUGUCUCAAAGACUUUUUGGCCUCAGUUGACGUUCUGGCGCCGACAGUGCCUGACGCUGGCAUUCAAGUUGCUUUGACUACCGCUGCUAGGAACACUCAAGCCUGCCUCGCCGAUCUGCGGCAGUGCUGCACCACUGCGGACCCCGUUUUGCACAAACCGCCUUCUCCCCUGCCUGACCUUGAGUCGGCGGCGGCGGCUGCUGCCCGUUCAGCAAGGCGAGCAUCGCGGACGCCGGCGGUCGUCAAAUUCCAGGCCUGGCCCUCCAUCUCAACGCGCCUCGCCAGCAUGCAGACGGAGUUGGACUCGAAUUCGGACCACUGUCUUCCUGGACAAACGCUUGACUCUGUCUGCGGAGAUCUUCUAACGGCAAUCACCAAAUUCAAGAACACCUUCGCGUCGGAAACGGGCUCGCAGCUGCCCGACCUCCUGUCACGCGAGGCCCAAGAGAUAGCUGGGGGCUCCGCGGUCGUUGGCGUGGGACCUGAUCGUCUACCUCCGGUCACAGCCAAACUCCUCGCCUCCCUAGAAUCCGUCAUUAGCGCGGUUCGUGGUUUGGCCGGUUUCCUGAGCUCCGUUAAGGAAUCGUCUGCGCCAGAUCCUGCUCUGGAACAGGUGCUUAUUUCGUCGUGGGCCUCUCUGUCAGCGUCACAGAUGGGUGAAACGGCCAGGCGGUUUGUCCGUUCGCCCAGUCAGGACUUGUCGGCACAUUUCGCCGCUGAAGGGCUUCGAGGCGCCCUGGUAGAGAAGGGUCUCCAGUGCUUGGGACACGCGCAUUCCAGUCUCCUUUGGUCUGUCCACGAAGACAACGCGCACGCAUUGGGCCAAGCGGUGUCGGCCAGUGCAACUGAGCUUCAAAAUUCGGUCUUUGGACUUCGGCAGUACGUUCCUGGCUCCCAGGCAGCAUCGAAACUGGGAUCUCUUGUUGACGAGCUGCCUACCAUCACACAACAGACAGGAGGCCAACAGAGCGUGUCUUCGGGGCGAUUAGCAGCUCCUGAAACUGCGGAUCCAGAUGCCCUUCUACGCGCACUCAAGGAAUUAGCCGAGGCAAGCGAAGAGACAGGUCGAAUGGCAAGCGACCAGUCGUCCAGACGUCGGGACGAGCCAGGCCCCUCGUCCACCUGCUCACUAUCCAUGGCUGCCAACAGACUCGCCAACGCAUUGUACAACGUCCUGGACGCAUUAAACAAUGGCACCAAGCCAGGCAGUGUCUCCGCCCGGAACGAGGAGAUUUUGAGCGACCUCAAGAGAAUGGCCAAGCCCCUGGCAGCUGAGUUGGAACGAACUCUUGCCUACGAAGGCGUCAUGCAGACACCUGUCAACGUCAUGUUUGUUUCUAAGGCCUCAUUGCAACUUCGCGACUACGUCGUCAAUGUGACCAAAGCCACUCAAGAUCAGGUAGCCAGGGACAAUCCUCAACUCGGCAGACCAGCCAAGUCCCCUGACCGGACACUUGACACAGUUAGGGGACAAUUUGCCUCAGCCCUUCAACGUCUGCAACCAGCCUCAGGGGUGGAUGGUGACUUCCCUCCCAUUGUCAGCUACCCUGUUGCCAAGCUGACGUACAUGGAGUGUGUUGAUGAGCUCGAUGACCUGUCUCACACUCUCGGCACUCACAUGGAUGGACUUUCAUUCUCGGCAAAGAACAGUAAUGCAAACGCGUUUUGCGAGGCCGCCCAAGGUGUAGCGGACGCGGUCAUGGGGAUGCUGCAGGUAGCAACGCAAUCGGCCUACCUCGUUGGUGCCGGUCAGCCGUACAAUGAACCUGGUCGAGCACCGAGGUUGGCGCCUAACGAAGCUCAGCAGAUUGUUGAGGAGAAUGAUUCGCUACAACGCAAUCUCGACGCCGUCAUUCGAGAUGCACCCGCCUUUAAGUCGCACCAUGAUCGAUCGACGCAGUUGGCUGGUAAAAUCAACGACAUAACUCGCGCCUCCAGUAGCAUGUGUCAAAUUGCCCGACAGUGCAUUGCUGAAAGCAUCGACCCGCAGGAAAAAAAGAUGCUCGCAGAGCAUGCCAAAGAAAUGGCACAGACGACAACCCAACUCGUAAAGAUGGUGAACAUUGGAGAUGAAGAUGUUGCCAUUACUGGUGAUGAUGUGGCGCAGGUUGCCACCAGACUUAAAGGAUCUGUUACCAGAUUAGUGGACGCGUUGUUAGAGGACAUUGGAGAGAUGCCCGUUCAAGUUCUUGGCGAAGCUAUUGCUCAACAAGCCCCUAUUCUACUUCGUGGUCGCAGAGUUGUUGAAAAGGCCGGAGACUUGACAGAGAGUGCUGGCAAUCUCCUGAAAGCCCCAUCUUCGGUGGACGCCGAAAGCAGUUACAAUGAUAACAGAAGAGCUCUUGAGGACGCUUCACAGGAUCUUCGAUCUUGCAUACGGGAAUCGCGGCCAGGCCUAAAGGCGUUGGAAACCCUCAAUGCAACUUCGAAGGACUUAUUGAGGAAACUAGAUCAGGCCGGGUUGCAGCAGUACAGUGACGAGGUGUUCAAUCUCGAGGCGAAAGCCUCUCUCAUAAGUUCCAGUUUGCAUCAGGUGACUGCCUUGAGCGGCAAAAUGGCCGGAGAUUGGCGCCAAUCCAGGUGGGAGCUUGUCAGCCAAGAUGCAAGUCUAAUCUCCUCCUAUCUGCCCAGCGUGGCAAACGCCUGCAUUUCCGCACUGGGAGGUCUCAAACGCAGCUCUGACCAAGCGAAUCUUCAGAGUCACCUGCGUACUGUGCUGGAAAUCACGACUGCCUUGUCGUCUCGUCUAAUCACCCAAAUGAAUAGCUAUUUCGGUGGACCUCCUGAUCCCGACAACUCGCCCAUAUCCUCCAGUGCCGACCAGCUUCGUCUGGCGUGCCGAGAACUCCUCACGUGCGUUGAAGACCUCACUGCACGCCAAGGGAGCCUCAAUUCCCACAUCGCCACCAUUCAGGCGGGCUGUAAAAAGCUUGACACUGCAGUGAGCCCCACGUUCAGCCCGGAGCACACGAGUCUGGUGCCUCUGCAGACGCGUCUCUCCAGUCAGGCGCAGCUGCUCGUUCAAACCGCCGGACGCCUGUCCGAAUCCGCCAAGACGGGAGGGUCCGGCGCUGAGGAGGCGGCUGCGGGCCAACUGGUCCAGCAGUUCUCGAAGAUCGUCGAGACCACCCGACAGCUUAACUCCCUCAUCGCUGGCAAGAACCAGCACUUCUCGCCCGAAGCGAUUGCCAGAGUCACUGAGCGUUUGAGACUCGUCGUUCAGCACCCGGACUGCCUGCGUUGCCUGGCAGGUCGCGUCUCCAGCCUCGUAGCAGCGAUUCGCGAGUCCGCGCACGGCGUGCACGCUUGCGUGGCCGCCGCUGAGGGCAUCGCCCGCACCGUGGCCGAUUUUGACUCAGCCAUCUACUUUGCCCGGGCCAACUCCCUCGUGGAGACGCGCACCGUGGCUGCCCCUCGUCUCAGCCCCACCGCUGUCGCAAACGACGUCCAGGACUGUCAGAAGGAAAUCAUGCACCUUCUGAAAGGCAUAAUCGAGGAGACUAAUGCCCUGUCACGCAACACCUCCGGCGAUCAGGAUACACUGGCAGUGUCGGCCCAAAAUUGCUUCCUUCAUGUAAGCAAUUUGCACAACAGAACGCUGCAACUACUGUCCCUUCCCAACCUGGACGCUGUCUCGUCGGCCAGUGAAGAGGCUAAAAUGGAAGCACGUGUCAGCCUUCUCUCUGUCGCUCGUGCCGUUUCCGCCAGCCUCAUCGACCUGCUCGCGCACAGCCGAAGUUUGGUGACUGUAGACAAAGACAACUUGUCCGCCGUAGAAUCUCAACUUAAUUCUACUGCCGCAGAUGUUGUUUCUCGAGUCGGUGAAUUGCGCUCAGCCCUGAGGAAUUUCUCCGAGGUGUUUGUGCAGCCGAAGGUGCCUCCUGCGCCGGUCUCCACCUCACCAGGGCCCAAGUUGACGCCAUCAAGGUUGUCGCGACCGGAGCCACCGUCGGAGGACAGUGCCACGGUCUCGGUUCGCGCUGGUCUCCAGUCGGUCCUCGCUACGGUGAAAAAUCUCAGUUCUCGUCUCGACGGCUGGUCACCCCAUUCCGGCACUUUCGCUGAUGGAGAUUCUAUCGACAGCGAACGCGAGAUUGCAGCCGACGAUGUUACAACACCGAAGAAAAUUCAGGAAGCGGCUCUUGCCAUCACACAGGCGGCCCUCAAGGCGAACAGCGCGACAGCGUCUGGCCGCAAGCUGGGCGACAUCAGUCUGGCCGGUGAGGUCAUCCACAAGGCCGCCACCGACCUCGUGCGGCGGCUGCGUUGUGGAUCGCGCGCUCUCAUGCUCUCCGCGCGGAAACUAUCAACCGGCGAAGCCGGCGACGUCGGUGAGACAGCCAGCUACGCCAAGGCUUGCACCCGUGCUAUCGAUGGUGGAAAAGCAACUCUCAACGAACUCGCCAUCAUGGUGGAAAAUAUGAUUAAAUCCCUGGACGACCCCGGAUCUGGCCAGCCUCCGGCCAUGCAGGUGACUCUGGCGAUGCGUCGGCUCAGAGAGACAGUCUUCGAAAUUGUUGAAGGCGCCAAACAAAUGCCUGGUGGUUCUCUUGAGCCCGAACCUGCAUCCCCCGGUUUCCGACGCUCAGAUGAGACCCAACCACCGAAACCGCCGCCACCGAUUCCAAAACGAUCGACGCUCGUGUCUCACAGUUUAUCCACACGUUCGGACCUCGCUAAGAGCAUCAGUGAGGCGGCGAACAUCGCAACCGACGUUGGGGACGCCGCGGGCACCGAGGAACUUCGUGGCUUCACCAACGAGAUUGAGCAGUCGAUGCAGAAACUAACUCAGCUGCAGACAAAAACUGCGAAACUAUCGCCCGGAAGUCCGCAACCCUCCGCGAUUGGAGAAAAUGAAGAAGAUGAGGACCUAGAGGGCCUAGAUGCCAUCCUCGCUACCUGUAAGCGUCUCGCGCAGGCAACAGCGAGUCUCAUGCACUGGGCCACCGCGGCACAACGGGAACUUGUGAAACAAGGUCGGCUGAAGCCUGUCAGCGAAAACGUCGACGAGAGCGAGGCGGAGUCGCAGUGGACCUGUGGUUUAGUCUCUGCUGCGCGCUAUGUCUCCGCGGCUACUGUCCAUCUCGUCGAAUCAGCAGAGACCCUGGUAGCCGCCCGCAGUAACGACCCUUCCGCCGAUCCAUCGCUGCGUUUCGCUCCCGAAGACCUCGUGUCCGCAGCCCGGACAGCCGUCUCCAAUACCGGUCAGUUGAUUUUCGCGUGCCUCGCCAAAGCCGACGCGAACUCUGCGUCAAUGCGUGGUCUGAAUGCCGCCGCGUCAGCCGUCCGAAGGCAUGCUGACCGCCUCGUUGAAUUGACGGAAAUCGAGAAGCGUAAAAACAGGCCUGGAGAACAAUCGGAACCUUCUGGACCCAGAAAAGCCACUGUAGAAGCCAUGAGAGAGGUCAUUGAAACGAAGGCGAGUAUCGCUUCCAAGAUGGCAGAGCUCGAGCGACUGCAGAAUCGUCUGAAGGCGAUAAAUCAGGAGAGUUAUCGGCACAAAGACCACGACGAGAACGAUCUCUGA